AAUUCUUCAUGCAAGACCAUGCAAUACGCAAUAAAACUUGCCCAGAAGCAUGCGCGUUUGAGAAACAGCUGAUUCAUUUUGGCAAUUCACUUGCAAUUGCAGGUUAGCGGUCGCGCGCGAUUUUUAUUGCACUUGCACGUGAUAUUUUGGGGGAAAGUAUUGACAACACCAGGUUCUAGAAUUCCCAAACGUUGAAACUAGACUUUGUUAUUAUUGUUUUUCGGUUAAUUGGAGGUUAAAAAUGAGUUGCAAAGGUGGCGGUUUUGAUUGGCCUAGGGAGGCAACCACGUUCCUUAUUUCGUUGUACGAAAGUUAUCCGUGCCUCUACUUGCCUACUCUACCAGAGUACCACAAUCGCAAUGUGAGGUUAAAAGCGUUGCAGGAAAUUACAACCGAAUUCAAUGAUAAAAAGUUAACGGCGCUGAAGACUGAGGAUAUAAAAAAGAAGAUACAUGGUAUUAGAACACAAUUUAUGACUGAAUUAUCCAAAAUUAAAAAAAGUGAGGUAUCGGGAGCAUCGGUAGAUGAUGUUUAUAUACCGAAUCUGUGGUGUUUUGAGCAGCUGCACUUCUUGCAGCAAGGAACAGCUGUAAUAGCCAAAUGAGAGUCAAAUAUGUCUCAAAAAAGCACAGAGAACACGCAACAGGAACAAAAUGAAGACGUCGAAUGUGUGUAUGAUGGUGAUGUUGCUGGUGUAAGCGAGUUAGACCUAGAAGUUUUCUCUCCAACAUCGAUUGAAUCAACAUCUAGGUCUAGAACUCCGUCCAGAGGAGAAAGCCGCACCCCCUUGACGAUUGAAGGACGAAUCGGAACAAAAAGAAAGAGACACAGAGAAACAGGAGACAAAGAGACGGAUAAUAAAGGUAUAACGGAAACCAAAACCCUUCUCAACACUGCAGUUAAUGCUAUGCAGGAAUUUGUUGGGCCUGGAGUGCAGGAGCUUCGGCAGUCAAAAAAACAUACUGUUUUUGGAGAAUUUAUUGCGGAUGAAAUGGAAAGCCUUAAAGAUCAGGACAUAAUAGAUGACUUGAAGCAAAACAUUUUGCACAGUAUCUUUGCUGCAAAAAGGCAAGAUCGGGCACAACUGCUAUGAUAUAUAAUUUAGUUUAUUAUAAUGAAAACUUUUCAUGUAUAGUUUUGGGAACAU